GAAUAAAAAUGUGGAAUAUUUUAUGAGUUGAAUAGAUAAGGAAUAAUUAUUUCUAAAUUUCAUUAUGGGAUCUUUAGAAUUGUCGAAACCUUCGACGAGACAAAGGGGCAUUGAGUUCAUAGCAAGAUUUCAUGGAGUGGAGUAGUCCUAGCAGUCCUCUAUUUUCAAGUCCAACACCAACAUUCUGCUAAUUCAGUUGGCGUGGUUUCUUGGCUUCAAAGAUGGCUGCCAAUUUCUGGACGUCUUCUCACUACAAACAGCUCCUGGACCAGGAGGAGGUGGAUUUGGUGAAGCCCCCCGAUCGAGAAAGGGGUAUAACCCUUGAAGAUUUCAAGCUCAUCAAGACGCACAUGGCCAAUUAUAUGUCGAAAUUGGCUCACAGCGUCAAAGUGAGGCAGAGGGUGGUAGCAACUGCAGUUACAUAUAUGAGACGUGUUUAUGUGAGAAAGAGUAUGGCUGAAUACGAUCCACGUCUAGUGGCUCCGACCUGCUUGUACCUGGCAUCAAAAGCAGAAGAAAGCACAGUGCAAGCUAGGCUUCUUGUAUUCUGCAUAAAAAAAUUAUAUGCAGAUGAAAAAUAUAGGUAUGAAAUCAAAGAUAUACUUGAAAUGGAGAUGAAGAUUUUAGAAGCACUCAACUAUUUUUUAGUUGUAUUUCAUCCAUACCGUGCAUUGUCUCAGUUGCUUCAGGAUGCUGGCAUGAAUGAUAUAAAUAUGACUCAGUUAUCUUGGGGACUUGUCAAUGACACCUACAAGAUGGAUCUUAUUCUGAUACAUCCUCCACACAUGAUUGCAUUAGCCUGUAUAUACAUUGCAAGUGUACUCAAAGACAAAGACACCACUGCAUGGUUUGAAGAGCUUCGAGUUGAUAUGAAUGUGGUGAAGAACAUAUCGAUGGAGAUACUAGAUUUCUAUGACAGUUGCAAAAUGAUUCUUGAUGAUAGGAUUAAUGCUGCUCUCAACAAGCUAACCUCAAAACCAUAAAUGCUUGGGCAAGUUCGAAACUGGUUGGUACGAUGCUGACAUUUAUUUUCUCUGAUGAAAAGUGUAUUAAUUUUCUUUUCUUGUUCUCUGGUGAAAAUUACUGGCUAUGUUUGAAAGCCGCUCCUUUUAACAGAUCUAAAUUGUACCAUAGAUGUAUGCGAAAGAUGAUUUGAAAGUCGCCAUUUAAAAUC